AUUGCAAACAUUCGACAAGCAAAUAUGGCUGCGGCAGUUGAGAGUGUCGUGAAAGUGUGAGUUUUUACAUUUAAUACUUCUACGGUUUGUAUGUAAUCUUUACACUAUAUUGAAAAGGUUUGAUGUAGUUAGUAGUGGUCGUAAAAUACCGUAAAUACAUUCGGCAUAUCGAAGAAAUCCCCAUGAGUAGGUGGCUAUCAAGGCUGCUAACUGCGCCUGAGUCCAUUGUUGUUGUCUUUGAAAACCACGAAUACACUAUUAAAAUUGUUGAAGAAAAAGAGUGCUUCUUAUAUGUUUUACGUCACGUGUUGACUCCAGAUCACGGAAACCAGUUUACCGUCGUCGUCUGAAAUUGAAUGGCCCUCUUGCUUGCUAGCGACUUAAUGUUUUUUGUUAAAGGACUCUUUUGCCUCCUGUGGUGUUCAUGCGUAACACGUAGCUAGUUGUCUGCAGCGAUGUUGGAACACAAUAGGUAAUGUUGACUUACCUUAUCUAUGAAGUUGUGUGUCUGUUCGCUUUAUUUGUUUGUCGUGGACUUUAGGCUCGGUGAACAGUACUACAAAGAUGCCAUGGAGCAGUGCCACAACUAUAAUGCCCGCCUCUGUGCGGAGAGGAGCAUCCUAAUGCCCUUCCUCGACUCCCAGACGGGGGUGGCCCAGAGCAACUGCUACAUCUGGAUGGAAAAAAGACACAGGAGUCCAGGCACAGCCCCAGGACAGCUGUAUACAUAUCCUGCCCGCCGCUGGAGGAAAAAGAGAAGGGCCCACCCUCCCGAGGACCCUGCUCUGGCGUUCCCGCCUCUGAAAGCAGCUGAGCUGGAGUUGGGCCUGAAGAAGGACGUGAUGCCCCCUCUGGACGGCAGUAGUCUGGAGGCCUUGCUGAAGGGGGAGCCCCUGGACAAGAGGGGCACCCCCGAGCUCCGGGAUACAGAGGAGACAGCCAGCGCGGCCGAGAUCACAGCCACGCCAAGCCACACCGUCUCCACACGCAUACGGAAGGUACGGAGCUGUACAGAGAGGAUCCUGGAGCCUGAUGACUACCUGGAUGAUCUGGAUGAUGAGGACUUUGAGGAUGAGACUCCCAAGAGAAGGGGCAAAGGGAAGUCCAAGGGCCGUGGCGUUGGAAACGGAAAGAAGAAACAGGAGGCGUCGGCAGCCGCCAUGGAGGAUCGAGACAAGCCGUACGCCUGUGACAUCUGUGGGAAGCGGUACAAGAACCGGCCGGGCCUGAGCUACCACUACACCCACUCUCACCUGGCAGACGAGGAGGGGGAGGACAAGGAGGAUGAGAUACACACCCCAGUCCCACGCCACGAGACCAAGACCCCUAAGAAAGGACCCAAUGGAUUGGCCCUGCCCAAUGAUUACUGUGAUUUCUGCCUGGGGGAUUCCAACAUGAACCAGAAGACUGGACAGUCUGAGGAACUGGUGUCAUGUUCAGACUGUGGACGCUCUGGUCACCCGUCCUGCCUGCAGUUCACACCGGUGAUGAUGGCCGCGGUGAAGACCUACCGCUGGCAGUGCAUCGAGUGCAAGUGCUGUAACGUCUGCGGAACAUCUGAAAAUGACGACCAGCUCCUGUUCUGUGAUGACUGUGACAGAGGAUACCAUAUGUACUGCCUCUCCCCUCCCAUGGCUGACCCGCCUGAAGGAAGCUGGAGCUGUCACCUAUGUCUGGACCUGCUCAAGGACAAGGCCUCCAUCUAUCAGCAGCCUCAGAGUGCUCAGAUGGACGACUAAACCUCUCAUCCCCACGCCCACGGCAGAGACCAAGAGAGCACAUUGCUUCUACUGCACACCCACUCUCUGCUUUCUUUCUCUCUCAGACACACACACAUACUCAAACACACAUGGACAGACACACACACACACACACACACG